AUGUUUUCGAUCACGACCCUCUUCCUGGGCGUGUCAUUUGUCGCAUGCGUUCUCGGUCAGACGAAGAUCGCAUUUACAUCUGUCCCUGCUGUUGCCGCUGCUGGCAACUUGUACAACAUCACAUGGGGCGGUGGCGACGGCUCGCCUGUCACAGUCACUCUUCGGGAAGGGAACCCUGAUGACCUUAAGACCGUUACGACCCUGGCAGAUGGAGUGACGGAUGAUUUCUUCCUCUGGACCGUGUCCAAGUCUCUCGUUACUGCUUCGGAUUAUGCCCUCCAAAUCACUCAGGGCCAGGACGAUAUCAACUACAGCGGUCUAUUCUCAAUCACUGGAGGAAGUGGCACAUCAAGCAUCUCAUCAAGCAUCUCAUCCACCAGCACGACCACGGGUACGGUAGCGAGCAACUCCACCGCCAGCGCGACAAGCCGCAGCACGUACGCAUCGAUAGGGACAGGUACUGCACUGCCUAGAAACACAACGUUCAGGUAUCUCAAUAUCACACUUUCA